UGCACCUACAUCCUCUGCUUCUCACAAACUUGACCGCAGAAUUCGAUGCUCUUCUCCAAUGUCAAGAAUCAACCCUCUGGUGGGUCCCUCUGUUCGGACGCUACGAUGCAGCCGCUGCCGGCUUCGCUAGAGCAACCGAGUCAUGAAAGUGAAACAUGCCGCAGCACUUCGGUAAGGCUUUUAUAGCGGAGACAGAGGAAGGCUUUUUUCAUGGGUUUGUCCUCUGUUUCAGCGUCCAAAGCGAAGGUCUCCCUGAGACGAUACAGUCGCCGAAUCAUGCGCUCCAAGAAGUUCCAGCGGUAUCGAUUCUUCAUGGUGCUCUUGUUGGUCGUGAUUCUCUGGCAACGGUCCAACGCGGCUCUCGGCUCCUGGAAGGGCUCGUUCAGAAAGCCUGCCGGAGGCGUAAGCAGCAAAGUGGCUGGAUAUGUUUUACCAGCCGGCCAAGCCAGCCAGGACGAAUCAGAUAAACAGAGGUCCGAGAUGGCCUGGCUGGUGUUGAAUUCGAGCGGCGGUGAGAUCGCGGCUGGUGAGAACUGUUCGGCGGCACCACUGUCCGGGACUUGCCAAGUGAAGAACUUGACUGCAUGCGUCCGUCAGCAUGGUGCAGGAAAUGGUACGAACGAAACGUUUCUUUUCAUCUGGAAUGCCGGAGAGACUCCUCUGAAGAUGAACGUGACAUUCUUGCCUGCUAAUAUCACUCCCGGAGAAAUUCAAGUGGCGAAACAAGAAAAGAUUAAUAUCACCGCGUAUGUCGGAGGUAAUUCUUCAAUCGUGUUGGAUGGAGGAGAAGGGCAUUGUGUCAUGGACAUGGCCUUUCUUUUGCCCUUUGCCCCUUCAAUUACAUCUGGAUCAGAUAACAGGAGCUCCCAGGUUGGUUCGACCCCCGAUACCCCAUCGGCGUCGAAUGUGCCCGGAGUAGUCGCUGCUGGAAAGUGCUUGUUGCCCUCCAAGAGUUGCCAAGUGAAGAACUUGACUGCCUGCCUCCAUUACAAUCGCAACGCUACAAUGGAAACUCUACUUUUAGUCCAGAAUGGUGGAGAGAUUCCUCUGAGAGUGAACAUCACUUUGUUGCCGGCUAACAUCACUCUGGACAAGGUCGAACUACCCGACCAACAAUGGAAGAUGGUAAAUGUGACAGACAAAUUCGGCGCAAAUUCUUCAAUACUAUUGACUGCUGCUGAUUGGGAUUGUGUGGUGGAACUGGUCUCAGAAAGCAACUCUCCGAAGCAGUUCUCUUCUCAUGUAAGUGUCGUGCUUUUCCUUUCGGGAAUCGUGAUUCUGGCGUCGGCAACGGCGUAUUGGAAGCUGCGGGCGGCCGUGCGUAGGGUGGACGGAACACCAUACGAACAGCUCGAGAUGGGCAUGGGAAGUGCGGACUCCAUCAGAGGAAGAACAUUCAAAACAGCAGGAGAAGGUUGGGAUCAAAGUUGGGGCGAUGAUGAAUGGGAGGAAGUGAAGGCAGUGAAGUCACCAAGUAGUGUGCAAAAGGGGAAUCUCAUUGUAAACGGCAUUAAGGAUGAUUAGGGGAAUGGUUUUAUUAAUUCUGUCCUAUGAUCAUGACUUUGAUCUAUGAUUGGGCUUUACAGAAGU